AUGUACGCUCGCUACCUACUCGCGUCCCUCCUUGCGGGGGCCGUCGUUGCCGCCCCGCCCGUUGGGGUCAUCAUCAACGACUGCACAACCCCGGGUACCGUCGCCUUGACCUUUGACGAUGGUCCAUUCAUCUACACCGAGACGGUACUCAACCAAUUGGCGGCUGCUGGUGCCAAGGCGACCUUCUUCGUCAACGGCCAGAACUGGGGCAACAUUUAUGAUAAUGCCUGGCUCGUCCAGAGGAUGGUCAAUGAAGGCCACCAAGUCGGCUCCCAUACGUGGAGCCACGCAGACCUCGCCGGUCUCAACGCUGCAGGCGUAACUUCCGAAAUGACACUCCUCGAAGACGCCCUCCUCAACAUCAUCGGCAAAUUCCCUACCUACAUGCGCCCUCCCUACUUCAGCUACAACUCCGCGACGCUGCAGACGCUCGGAAGCUUGGGAUAUCACGUAAUCCAAGCCAGCAUCGACACCCUCGAUUGGCAGUACAACACUCCUGGUCAGAUCGGCCAGAGCGUCCAGAUCUUCCAGAACGGACUCAACAGCGGCGGAACUAUUUCUCUCUCCCACGAUGUCCACCAGACCACCGCGAACACUCUCGUCUCUGCCAUGAUCAACGCCGUUCGGUCCAGUGGAAAGAGAGCUGUCACCGUCGGCGAAUGUCUGGGAGAUGCUGCCGCCAACUGGUAUCGCACGUCCCGCAACGGCGGAGGUGGCGGCGACGGCGGCGGUACCAACCCACCUCCCGGCGGCAACCCUGGACCUGGCCCUGAUGGCUCUUGUGGCGGUCCCAACGGCUACACAUGCCCUCAGACCUCGUACAGGUGCUGCUCACAGUGGGGCUUCUGCGGGGACAGUGCGGAAUACUGUGGAGCUGGCUGUAAUCCUGCGUACGGCAUCUGCUGGUAG